AUGACCGUCAGGUUGGAGUUGGUGCUCAUUUGCUGCUCUGUGGCCUCUCCAGGAUUUUUUGGCGACUUUGGUGUGCUCUGGCGUGUUUCAUUCAAUCUAGACGAUGAAAUUAGGGGCAAAUGUCAUCUGUUAGAGGCAAUAGGCCUCAGGUGGGCCACCAAUGGCCUGACCUUGAACGAAGUUCAACUGGACAGAGGAAGAGGAAUGUUGACUGGGAAGCCCUUUACCCUUGGGGAGGUUGGGAAAGACUUCCUGGACAACUCAGAAUUUCAUCAUCAACAGGCCACACACACCAGGGAGAAGUCAGAUAGUGGAACCAAGUGUGGGGAUGCCUUUCCAAGGAAAAAUACUCAUUACAACAGGGGAGACUGCACUAAAACCUUCAGCUGCAAAUACACAUUCGUUCAGCAUCAGACAGUCUACACUGGAGAAAGAUUUUAUAUGUGCAGUGAAUGUGGGAAAUCUUUUAGCCAAAACUCUAAUCUCAUUCAACAUCAGAGAAUUCACACUGAAGUAAGGCCUUAUGAGUGCAGUCAGUGUAGGAAAUCUUUCCGCCAAAGCUCUGCACUCCUUCAACACAGGAGAGUUCACACUGCAGAAAGGCCUUAUGAAUGUAGUGAAUGUGGGAAAUCCUUUAGAUAUAUGUUCAACCUCAUUACACAUCAGAGAGUUCACACCGGAGGAAGGCCUUAUGAAUGCAGUCAGUGUGGUAAAUCCUUUAAGAAAAGCUCUGCACUCCUUCAGCAUCAAGUUCACACUGGGAAAAGGCCUUAUGAAUGCAGUGAAUGUGGGAAAUUAUUUUGCCAAAAUGUGGUGCUCCAUCAACAUCAGAAGGUUCACACUGGAGAAAAACCUUAUCAGUGCAAUGAAUGUGAGAAAUCAUUUAGACAUAUAUCCAACCUCAUUACACAUCAGAAAGCUCACACCAGAGAAAGCCCUUAUGAAUGCAGUGAAUGUGGGAAAUCAUUUCGUCAAAAUUUUGUGCUCCUUCAACACCAGAGGAUUCACACUAGGGAAAAGCCUUAUCGGCGCAGUGAAUGUGAGAAAUCAUUUAGAUAUAUGUCUAAUUUCAUUACACAUCAGAGAGUUCACACUGGAGAAAAGCCUUAUGAGUGUGCGGAAUGUGGGAAAUCCUUUAGCCAAAGCUCUACCCUCACCACACAUCAGAAAAUUCACACUGGAAAAUGACCGUAUAAGUUGAGGAAUGCAUGCAAUUCUAGAACUACAGCUCAGGCUCUUAAAAUACCAAAAUGCUUACUCUGAAGAAAAGAGUGCACUGUAUGUGGGAAAUCCCCCACUAAAAACUCCAGCCUCAUGAAACAUGAGAGUUCACACUGCAUCAAGGUCUUACGAAUACAAUGAAUGUGAGAAAGCCAGAAGCCCAAAGCCUUCACUCUUUGGAUACCACAAAUUUAACAUAGGUAAAAAUAUCUUUCAUUUGCAGGGAUGUACAAUUUACUUGUUCCAUAUAUCAAAACUUGGG